CACGUGGUUCGAGCGAGUGAGUAUGAUGGUGAUCCUGCUGAACUGUGUGACGCUGGGGAUGUACCAGCCCUGCGAGAACAUCGACUGCUCCUCCGAACGCUGCCAGAUCCUGCAGGCCUUCGACGCCUUCAUCUACAUCUUCUUCGCGCUGGAGAUGGUGGUGAAGAUGGUGGCACUGGGGAUCUUCGGCCGGCGCAGUUAUCUGGGAGACACUUGGAACAGACUGGACUUCUUCAUCGUGAUGGCCGGGGUGGUGGAGUAUUCACUGGACCUGCAGAACAUCAACCUGACGGCCAUCCGGACGGUCAGAGUCCUGCGGCCGCUCAAAGCCAUCAACAGAGUCCCCAGCAUGAGGAUCCUGGUCAGUCUGCUGCUGGACACACUGCCCAUGUUGGGGAACGUGCUGCUGCUCUGCUUCUUCGUCUUCUUCAUCUUCGGCAUCAUCGGUGUGCAGCUGUGGGCUGGACUUCUGCGAAACCGCUGCUAUCCUCCAGACAACUUCACCCUCUCAACAGGUGUGGCACUUCCUGCUCCGUAUUACUCUCCCAAUGAGGAUGACGAGAGGCCCUUCAUCUGCUCUCUGCCGCAGGAUAACGGCAUCAUGUCGUGCGGUGACGUGCCGGCGCGGCGUGUGGCGGGACAUCAGUGCUGUCUGGACGUGGAUGAUCUCCUGCACCAUCAGGCUCUGGGCCUCGUGACCGAACCCUUUCUCAACGCCAGCUCCAUCGUCCCCGGGCUCUGUGUCAACUGGAACCAAUACUACACACGCUGCCACACCGGACACAGAAACCCACACAAAGGAGCCAUCAACUUUGACAACAUCGGAUACGCCUGGAUCGUUAUAUUUCAGGUUAUUACUCUGGAGGGCUGGGUGGAAAUCAUGUAUUACGUCAUGGAUGCUCACUCAUUCUACAACUUCAUCUACUUUAUUCUGCUGAUUAUAGUCGGCUCGUUCUUCAUGAUAAACCUGUGUUUGGUCGUCAUAGCGACUCAGUUUUCAGAGACCAAACAGCGUGAGCAUCAGCUGAUGGAGGAGCAGCGAGCUGCCCAUCUGUCCUCCAGCACGCUGGCCUCGUUGGUCGAACCCAGCGACUGCUAUGAGGAGAUCUUCCAGCUCGUUUGUCACAUCCUCCGCAAGGUGCGCAGACACACCGUUGCCUUCUUCAGGACGCUCUGCUGCAAACCACAGGAGCAGACACAUGAGAAAACAAACAUCAAUGGAGGAGAGAAGAGCCUCCAACAACAUGGUGAGGAAAAGAGGGAGUGGAUGGGAUGGAAGGAUGAAUGUAGGGAUGCAUGCAGCUCUAAGCUAAUCUCUCACUGCACUUCAGAUGGAGCUGCACCUGAUGCCUCAGCAGCCAAUCAGGAGACAGAGGAGGAGGCACCCAAUGAGACAGAGAGGUGCAAAAGGGAAGAGGGGGCAAGUCGGGGGCGGAGCCAAGAGCUGUGGAUGGAGAUGAGGGUCAAACUGUUGAGCAUUGUGGAAAGUAAAUACUUUAACAGAGGAAUCAUGGUGGCCAUCCUCAUCAACACCAUCAGCAUGGGCAUAGAACACCAUGAGCAGCCGGAGGAGCUCACUAAUGUUCUGGAGAUCUGUAACAUCGUCUUCACCAGUAUGUUUGCUCUGGAGAUGAUCCUCAAGCUCACAGCAUUAGGCUUCUUUAGUUACCUGCGCAAUCCAUACAACAUCUUUGAUGGGAUCAUCGUGAUCAUCAGCGUGUGUGAGAUCGUGGGUCAGUCUGACGGCGGUCUCUCGGUGCUCCGAACCUUCCGCUUGCUGCGGGUCCUGAAGCUGGUUCGGUUCAUGCCUGCGCUGCGCAGACAGCUGGUGGUUCUGAUGAAGACCAUGGACAAUGUGGCCACAUUCUGCAUGCUGCUGAUGCUCUUCAUCUUCAUCUUCAGUAUUCUGGGAAUGCAUAUAUUUGGCUGUAAGUUCAGUCUGAAGACAGACACCGGAGACACGGUUCCAGACAGGAAGAACUUUGACUCUCUGCUGUGGGCAAUCGUCACUGUAUUUCAGAUCCUGACUCAGGAGGACUGGAACGUGGUGCUGUAUAACGGCAUGGCCUCCACGUCUCCUCUGGUGGCGCUGUACUUCGUGGCUCUGAUGACGUUUGGGAACUAUGUGCUGUUUAACCUGCUGGUGGCCAUUCUGGUGGAGGGAUUUCAGGCUGAGGGUGACGCCAAUCGCUCGUACUCUGAUGAUGAUGAAGAAUCCUCCACCAAUGGAAGUCAACAGCACAAAAACUCGCUCACGUCCUCCGAUCCAAAGCUGUCAUCUUUAACUCCUAAUGGGCAUCUGGAUCUGGCGCCGCUGGAGGAGGAGAAGACCAGGACCGAGUUCUCAGAGGAACACCACCAGAGCAGAACCAUCUGCCUGGGCAGGAGAUCCUCGUCUCUGCGACACAGCCGCAGUUCCCAUUACCACCACUGGGGGCGUCCUCCCCCUCAGCCGUCCUGGAGCCGGAGGUGUAGCUGGAUCAGUGCGGGUCGCUCCGCCCGUGGCCUGAGGGCUGGAGGGGUCAUCGGGGGGAGCUUACGGGUCCGUGGUGUUCACUCACACCCCGCCGAACACGAGUCUCUCCUGCCACACCCGCCCUUCCUGUCACGCCACCACCGCCGCGCUCUCUCACUCGAGCUGCCCGAGCUCCUGCAGCGCCCCCCGCUGGUCCGGAAGAAGAGCGUGUCUGCAGAACACCAGGACUGUAAUGGGAAGGGCCCGGGUCCUCAGGGGCCCCUGCUGGGAGAGAUUUAUCCACAGCUCAACGCACGCAAAAACAAGAAUGACCUAGAAGAAGACAACGAAUAUAGCCUGUGUUUCCGUAUCCAGAAGAUGAUGGAGGUUUAUCGUCCGGACUGGUGUGAGAAGAGAGAGGAUUGGUCCAUUUACUUAUUCUCUCCUCAGAACAAGUUUCGUCAGCUGUGUCAGACGAUCAUCGCUCAUAAACUCUUUGACUAUGUGGUUCUGGCUUUCAUCUUCCUCAACUGCAUCACAGUGGCUCUGGAGAGACCCAGAAUCCAUCAGGGCAGUCUGGAGCGAGUCUUCCUCACCAUCUCUAACUACGUUUUCACUGCCAUCUUUGUGGCCGAGAUGACCGUCAAGGUGGUCUCGAAGGGUCUGUAUCUGGGCGAUCGGGCGUAUCUGCGCAGCAGCUGGAACGUUCUGGAUGGGUUUCUGGUCUUUGUGUCUCUGAUUGACAUCGUGGUGUCGAUGGCGGGCGGAGCGAAGAUCCUGGGCGUGCUGAGGGUGCUCAGACUGCUGAGAACAUUACGCCCGCUCAGGGUGAUCAGUCGAGCUCCGGGUCUGAAGCUGGUGGUGGAGACUCUGAUCACGUCGCUGAAGCCCAUCGGAAACAUCGUCCUCAUCUGCUGCGCUUUCUUCAUCAUCUUCGGCAUCCUGGGAGUUCAGCUCUUCAAAGGGAAGUUCUAUUACUGUGUGGGUUUGGAUGUGAAGAACAUCACCAAUAAAUCCGACUGUCUGUCUGCCAAUUACCGCUGGGUUCAUCACAAGUACAACUUUGACAACCUGGGACAGGCUCUGAUGUCACUGUUUGUGUUGGCGUCUAAAGAUGGAUGGGUAAAUAUCAUGUACCACGGACUAGACGCUGCCGGGAUUGACCAGCAGCCCGUCAUCAAUAACAACCCCUGGAUGCUGCUGUACUUCAUCUCCUUCCUGCUGAUCGUCAGCUUCUUCGUCUUGAACAUGUUUGUGGGUGUGGUGGUGGAGAACUUCCACAAGUGCCGUCAGCAUCAGGAGGUGGAGGAAGCGCGGCGGAGGGAGGAGAAGCGGCUGAAGCGCAUGGAGAAGAGGAGGCGCAAGGCCCAGCGGCUGCCGUAUUACUCCUCGUACGGUCGGAUUCGGCUGAUGAUUCACUCGUUCUGCACCAGUCAUUACCUGGACCUCUUCAUCACCCUCAUCAUCUGCAUCAAUGUGGUCACCAUGAGCCUGGAGCACUACAACCAACCACAGUCGUUGGAGACGGCGCUGAAAUACUGCAACUACUUCUUCAGCUCCACGUUUGUGGUGGAGGCCGUGCUGAAGCUCAUCGCGUUCGGCUUCAGACGCUUCUUUAAAGACAGAUGGAAUCAGCUGGAUCUGGCCAUCGUUCUGCUGUCUGUGAUGGGAAUCACUCUGGAGGAGAUUGAAAUAAACGCUUCGCUCCCCAUCAAUCCCACAAUCAUCCGCAUCAUGAGGGUCCUGCGCAUCGCCCGCGUCCUGAAGCUGUUGAAGAUGGCGACAGGAAUGAGAGCGCUGCUCGAUACUGUGGUGCAGGCGUUACCACAGGUGGGGAAUCUGGGUUUGCUCUUCGUUCUGUUGUUCUUCAUCUACGCCGCGCUCGGAGUCGAGUUGUUUGGAGAACUGGUGUGUAAUGUUGAUUACCCGUGUGAAGGCAUGAGCCGUCACGCCACGUUUGAAAACUUCGGCAUGGCGUUCCUCACUCUUUUCCAGGUUUCUACAGGAGAUAACUGGAAUGGCAUCAUGAAGGACACGCUGCGCGAGUGUCCGCCGGGCGACAGCUACUCGUGUAACUCCAGUCUGCAGAUCAUCUCGCCCAUGUACUUCGUCAGCUUCGUUCUGACGGCUCAGUUCGUCCUGAUUAACGUGGUGGUGGCCGUGCUGAUGAAGCACCUGGACGACUCCAAUAAAGAGGCGCAGGAGGAUGCAGAGAUGGACGCAGAGAUUGAGAUGGAGCUGGCGCAGGGCGGCCUGUGCUGUUUGGGGCGUCCGGAGCGCCCAACCGGGACCGAUGUGGGCAAGAGACCGGCAGGAGGCUGCGGGAACAGGCAGGAGGCGAUGGCUGCGGUUCACACACACGCCAGCACCAGCCAGAGCGGAAUGACACCGUCCAGAAACACACAGGACACGCAGAACCAGAGGAAACUCUGCUCACCGGCACAGGAGAACCAGUGGCUGGAGAGCGUCUCUCUGCUGAUGAAGGACUCGCUGGAUGGAGAAAUGCAGAUGAUUGAUAAUCUCUCCGGAUCUGUGUUCCACCAUUACUGCUCUCCAGCUAUCAGACGAGACGGCAGGAGCCGAUCAGGAGAGAUCCGGCUGGCAGAGGUCGAGCAAACGUCUCUGAUGUCGGAGCUGAUGUCAGAUAAAUCCUCCUCACCAGCGCUGACUGAUGACAUCAGCCUGGACGAGCAGAGCGAAUACCAGCUGCUGGACAGAGACUGUAAGGUGGAGCAGGGCAGCACUGACCUCAGCACAGACGUGGUUGUGUGCAGAAGCUUUCAUCCUCCGAGCAAGGCCUGCAGUCCUGAGCGAGACAGACGGGAUGUGCGGUGUGAGACGGGUCAUCAGCUCCAGUCUCCAGCUCACGGCGGAGAUGGCAGUGGAGGAGACGGUCAGACGUCUUCACCUCUCUUUCAUCUCCCGGCUGAGUUUUUCCACCCUACCACCGCUGUGAUUCCACAGGGCAGCCCAGCCAUCGGAGCGGCCCAGCCGGGCUCCAGACACGCCUCUCCGACCUCAUGGGCUUCUCUCAGGUCCCCAGGGGCCAAUAGCAGGGUCAAGGGCUCUCAGACGUCCCACAGGAACUCCUUGCUGGCCACUGGCAGUUCGGUGAGCAGCCUGGAGACCAUGCUGGAGGAGGGCGUCUCUACACUACCCCUGAUCUGCAGAACACAUAUUCCUCCUCCAGAACUCACCCAGAGACCUUGUACACCACAGACUCUGUUCAACCUCCAGGCCACCAGGGGGCACCAGAGGAAUCGGAGCAGAUACAGUGACUGCACAUAUCCUAACAGGAUCCGACAAGACCCCUCCGAUGAGGACACUGGAUCCGGGGUUAGGGCUGGAGGACCCAGUCAGGCUGGUAAUCCUGAGCAGUUAUCGGAUAAUCUGAGUAGCUACUCUCUGACCUGUCUGCACCCGCCUGAUUCGCUGGCACUGCCUCUGGCCAAGAGGUGCAACAGCACGGGGAGUUUAGCACUGGGGAGCCUAGCGGUCCGGAAUAAAGAUGGGAGGUGCCUUUAUGGAUUCGAUCCCUGGACUGAAGCAACAACUGAGGAAUCUGAGAGGGAUGCAUCCCCCUUAGGCACCAAGACGUGCAGCCAGACUGUGGGUUCUGGCUGUCGUAAGAACAGAUGAAAUGUGCGUUUUGGUCCAGGUAUCGGACACUGUGUGGUCUCUUCUGUGAACUCGUCUCCAUGUUUAUCUCGAAUGACACACAUCUGUCUCCUGUUGUGCUACUGACCACAGCAACACAGUCUAUUUUCCUCUACAGGCUAUUACACUGGAUGCUUCAGAGGAGAUGCAGUAGUCACGGAGUAGCAUAGAAUAUUCUGGAACAUGAGGAACUUAAACUCAUUCAAUCAUAUCAAAAACAGACUAACAAUGUCACCAGCCUGAGAGUGUAGCGAUCUUUAGGUGAAGCUGGGUGUGUAGCAUGUGACGUGUUCAAUGCAGAAAGAUCCCAUACAAUGCUGCGUUCAGGUCAUGUCGAAAUGAUUGCAAUUAUGGGUGCUGUGGUUGAGAAAACCAUUUUCUCCUAAAAGCAUCUAAUCUUCCCUGAAAUGAGAGACUGUGGAGGAUAAGACUUGUUUUUCAGAGAAAAUUGUUGGCAAAUUGUUUUGUUUAAAACAUAAACAAAAUUUAAAUUGUUCUGAUUUUUUCCCAAGGAUGUUUCGAAGCUUGUACUGGGAAACAAGUCAAAAUACUGAACAAGACAAGAAGUGCAUCUGAAAUCUGGUAGUGUUUAAAUACUACAUUUGAUGAGGAAUAUCUACUUGCAUUAUGUUCUUACAUCAUUGUCUGUAGAAUGAAUGUUGGCAUCAGCUGCGUCGCUAUACUGCCAUUCAAAACUACUCAUGGGAUUGUAAGCUGUGCGCUAGUAGUAGGUCAGAUACCUUUUGCCUGCUAUUUUACGAAUUUGAACAUACUACUCAGAUGCUGUUUUAUAGUAGAGAAAUAGGCGUAUUCUGAUGCACCAGAUGGACUUUUUUGCAGGGAACUGGCAAAUUAUGAAAGCUCUGAUAUUUGUGUAAAAACCAAAAUGGCAGCGGGUUUGGCAGUCAAAGGUAAUUUGGCAACUUCAGAGUGCUGUAGCUGUGAUGUCAAACCCAGAUGGUUAAUUCGGCUCUGGUUCUCAAACAGUGUCUUUUGCUUCGUUCUUAUGCAGAAAUGUUAGGGUUUUAGCAGCCGCCCACAGAUCAUUAGAGCUGCUGUCUGAGUUUAUAAAAUAAAAAUCUAAGGACACAUCUCAAGCCCAAACCAUGACACACACACACACACUGAGUGUUGGGGAUGGUUGAGGAUCUUCUGUGGGUUUUGUUCUUGGAUCUUCUGUGUUUGUAGUAUAAUGAUGGUAGAAAAAGAAACAUGAACCCUAACCCUAAACCCAGUGAGCUGACCAGCUAGACAACAUUUGAAGCUUUAUAUCUUCUCAAGAAAUUGUGGAGGAAUACAACUAUGAUGGAGUUUUAUGAAAACCUGAUUACCAGAACAUAGUAUAGUGUACAUGUCAUUCACAUAGGUGUAAUUCAUGGGCGAGAUUAUGCUAAUUGUGAAUGAACGUACAUGUGCACCCUAUUUCUGAAUGAUUGGAAUUCAUUAACAUGCGAUCAUCAAAUCUGUAUUUGUGUCUGCAGAGGAGAGUUUUUGAAAAGAUUCCUUAGAUUCAUGUAUUUUUGUCCAUUAGGAUGUUGAGCUGUUACCUGACCGUUGUGGAGUUUGUUUCAGUUCAUUUCAAUCUCUAAUGAAGGUUUAUUGAAGCUCCCUAUGUAGACCGUGAGGUCGCUCACUAGGGUUUGGAUUAGAGCUGAUGUUUGUCUCUGGAAAUCAUGCAUGAGAGAUGAUGUAACUAUACUGUGAAGAUGGCAAAAAGUUAUUUAUUUUUGAAGUAUUAAGUGAAAUUUAAUUCUUUUACCUACGUAGUUUUACAUCUCUGUCUUCCACUUUGCAUUUUGUACAAGCACCUCCCUUAAAAUGUUUAAUGUUUCUGGCCUUUAGUGACAUGCUGUAACGGUGGCAGAUCAGUGAAAUUAUUUUACUGAAUUUGUUUCUCAUCUGCACAGCUGAUUUGUCUGUAAAGGACUCUCAAUGCACAUUGAUUUAUGUAGACUUUAGUGACCUUAUUCCAAAACUCUGCUGUGAUCGAAUAAUUUCCACUGGAUCUUCAUCAUUGGAAAAAUCUGUCACAAAGUCAUUAAUUUCUCAGACCUAAAAAAGUGAAUUUAACGAUAAAUUAAAUAUAUAAUCACCUCCAAUAUUUAUGCAUUUGCUCUGAGAUAGUUCUUUAGCACGGUCUUUCCAACCAAACGGUAAAUGGUGGCAGAAGAAACUUUAGUUCAAAUAAUCAAGAUACUGUUUUUCACUAAAUGAACACAAGAAUGAUAUUUAAUACAUGAACUGAACAAUGCAUAGCAAUAUUGACCUCUACUGUAUAUAUAUUUUUACUGAAACAUGUUGAAGCAUGUUAAAUGGCACACAUGAUUACACUGAACAUUUUUGGAAGAUGAAUCAUCUGAUUGUUUUGAAUCGAUUCAUUGAAAUGCAGCAUUCAGAAGUGAUUCAUGUAAAUGGACUGAAAUUCUUAACUCGAUCAGUGUUUUUGCUCUUGAAAUUUAAACUCAAGACUAUGUUCAAACAUCUCUGAUGCUUGUAUACUUGCGGGUUGUGAGAUGAGAAGGAUGUGAAACCGUCUUUCUGAAAUUUUACAAGCAUUUAAACCAUUGCAAUAUUUACACAAAUUUAGUUGCCAUUUAAAUUACAUAGUAAAUAUCUUGUCUCCUGCCUAGCCUUGUCUCCAGUUUUCCAUUUAGAUGAAACUGAAUUUGCUUAGAUUUUUCUGAAGUUCAAAGGAGUUUCAUUCAUUUCCCAUGUGCUGUAGCAUUUCAUCAUUCACACUCCUAAUAAAGUGACUGAACUGCUUUACUGCUGUCAGUGAAUCAGCAGAGUUUUGGUUAUCGUGGGUAGUUAAUCAGACUGUAAUUGUCUUAUGUGCAAUCAGUGUUGAUUCGGUUCACUGAUGUCUGUCAGAACGGUGAGGAGUCAUCUCAUGAGUCUGAUUUUAGGGUGAACGUUUCGUUGAAGUCAGGUAACGAUGCCCCCCAUCAGAUGAAAUCUUAAUGAGCUGUCAGAGGAUGAAGUUCUCACUUACGCUAGAAUUGAGAAGAUCCCUCAGAUCAGAGCUGAUGCUGGUCGCCACUUCAUGCCCAAAGUAAGUACCAAAAUAAUGCAUCACAGAAAAGAACAACUUUUUUUUUUUUUUUUUUGCCACUAAAUUGUUAGUGAUGUAAGUUGGUUGUCAAUUUGUUUCUUUUAAAAUGCAUUGAUUUUGACUUGAAAAUAGCCAUUGAUGGGUGAAUAAAAUACAGUUGCAUUUGAAUUUUUAAUGCACUCAGUUAGAAAUGGUACUUUCUGAUUUAAUGAUUCUCCAGAGGAAGUAUGCACUUGUUCCGCUGGUUCAGUCAGUCUAGUCAUGACAUAUAUCAGCUUCCAGCUCUGAAAAAGUCCUGCUACCUCAACUAAGUAAUAUUGAGUUUUACAGAUGUUUACAAUAAAAGCUCCCGAUUCAAUUUGAAUUUCAAUUUACUGCUAUAAUUACAGAGCUCUGCUGUGCACCGAUAGCGUUUUAAUUAGACACUGGCAUGAUGGCGUUCAAACCGGCUGGAAGUCGACAGCUCAUAACGCUCAGAUUCACGCCAGUGCAGAGAUUCAUAAUUAAUUUCGUUGCAUGCAAUAUCUGCACUUAUAAGAGAGUUAUGAUUUUAACACAGUGGAACGAGGAGAGAAUGAAGGAGCUGUUGAGAGAGACAGACUGCUCAUGAUCGGUUUCUGUGACCGUUCAAAUUUAGAUUCAUGUUGUGUUGCAUGAGAUUGUUAGAAAAAAAUAUAUAUAAAACACACGCAUGAUUUAUGAUGAAUGAGAACAAUCUGCCCCAGACCGCAUUAUAAUUACUGCAGUUCAGUGAUGAGCACAAACUGAAGUCAAGCGCUGAAUGAACAUGAAUCUUUUAGUAUGUUGUGACAGAAAAUGUGAUGCAAGACCCUGAUGGCAAAUGGCACAGGCUUACCUC